AUGAUUGGCUGCCCUGUUAGGGCUCGGGCGUCUCGAGGUCAUGGUUCUACCUACCAGUCGACAGGUGUAUCAGGUGGACAGGUGGACAGGUGGUCGACUUGCGAUGGCUCGAUUGAACAAGGGGUUCUUGACAGGCUGGUUUCCAAUUUACAUCACAGGCGGCACAAAUCAACCUCUUGGCCCCGCGGCAUUGCUCACAGUAUUCCUCCGUACAUCGAUCUAACCUUACAAGCGCCCCAAAGUCCUUGGUCGUCGCGCCUCUUCCGCAAAAACUUCGCUCCUUGUGUUCGACGAAUAAUUCAACUGUGGCUUGGCUUGGGAAUCGAGUAG